AUGAAGUUAAAUACAGAAUAGUUAUCUGAAAUUAAAUAGGAACUCAAGAAAUUUUCUUCAACCCCAAUUUCAAAAUCUUAUAAAUUAAUUGCUUAAAUUUAUAAGAGCAAUAUUGAGACUUAAUCAUUAAUUGAUAGUGAGAUAACAAAAAGCAUUGUACGUAUAGGAUAGAAAAAAUACACAGAUGAUGAUGAGGAGAAAUAUUCCAAAGCUAUAAAAAUAUGUAGGAAAUUAGUGAAAUAAUGGAAAUAAAUCAUUUUAACAAAUGAUCAAACCAUCACUGAUAAUAUAAAAAAAAAUGAUUCUAAGAAAGAUGGGCAAAUAAAUAUAUAAAAAUAAAAACAAAUUAGGGCUGAAGAACCUAUAAUCUAAAAAAAAGUCAAAUAAGAACAAGAAAAAAAAGAAAUUAAACCAAUUUAGCAUAAAAAUGGAACAUCACUUAGUACCAAAUUAUAAAACAAUGAUAGUUAAAAUGGGAAAGGUGAACUUGUUGAUGAUGAUAAAAGAAAGAAGGCAAUUGAAGGAUUAAAGAAAUAUUUCUUACAGUAGACAGGUGAAGAUUAAGUGGAAUGGUCAAAAAAAGUUGAAUAAACAAUUUAUGAUCUUAACAAAUAUUCUGUUUAGAAUUAUAUGGAUAAAGUUAAAUCAGUUGUAAAAUUGAUUGAUAGAAAUGCUGAAUUCAGAAAUAGAUUGCUGAAUGGUGAAUAUGAUCUUGUGUCUGAAAUUAAAAAUUUAAAAUGAAAA